CCCCCGGCCUCCUCCUCCUCACGCUUCCCGGACUCCCUAAGACCCGGAUAUGUCCUCCUUUUUAGUAUGGAUUUACAGCGGUUUAACAAGUGGUGUCAGUAGCGUACUUCAGUUUUUAGGACUGUACAAGAAAUCAGGAAAAUUAGUAUUUCUUGGACUGGAUAAUGCUGGAAAGACCACCCUAUUGCACAUGCUCAAAGAUGACAGACUAGGGCAACAUGUGCCAACAUUACAUCCUACUUCAGAAGAACUGACGAUUGCUGGGAUGACGUUCACCACUUUUGAUCUUGGUGGCCACGCACAGGCCCGCAGAGUAUGGAAAAACUACCUCCCUGCCAUCAACGGUAUUGUCUUCCUGGUCGACUGUGCUGAUUGUGAACGUCUGGCAGAAUCCAAAGCAGAGCUCGAUGCACUAAUGACAGAUGAAACUGUCGGUAAUGUGCCUGUUCUCAUCCUCGGUAACAAGAUUGACCGGCCCGAAGCAAUCAGUGAGGAGAGGUUCAGAGAGCUGUUUGGACUGUAUGGACAGACAACGGGAAAAGGAAACGUUUCCCUGAAGGAGCUGAAUGCCCGACCGCUAGAGGUUUUCAUGUGCAGCGUCCUAAAGAGACAGGGAUACGGCGAAGGUUUCCGCUGGUUGGCUCAGUACAUCGAGUGAAGCUCAAUUGAGAAAAGUGAUCUGGCAAACGGUUGAAAUUGGCCCGCACACACCAACAUACAACAACUUGAAUCUAAUAGACUUUUUCUGGGUAAAUGUUUGGUUACAAAAGUUUGACGUUUUUUCUAGAAGAAUAACCAUAGCAUUGGCUGUGCUAAAAAAAAAAAUUCAUCCGUAUGUAUGAAGCCUAAAAAAAAGAAAGUUCUUACAGCAAUUUGUAUGUUUGAAGUGGCAGACACGGUAACUCUCUAAUUUCAAUGGAUAAGAUAUUAUUUUGUUCUUAUUUUUGAUUUGUAACAUUAUCAAACCAUCAAUCUGUACAGUUUUGGACAGAGUGUACUUGGAGGGAAAAAGCAUCUGAAUGCACUUUUUAACAGGAAAGAAACGUACAUAUGAACGGUAUUUAAUGAUCAUGUAAAAUUUUUAUGUACUAUUUUUGAAAUUGUUCAGUUCAAUAAAUUUAGAAUGUGUAACCACCUA